CCCUGCGACUUGCCUCAUCGGUGCGGGCUGCAGCUCUGACGUCGCCUGUGCUUCUUGAAGAGUGACGAUACCACGGAACCGGAGCCAUGACUGAGGCUGAUGUAAAUCCGAAGGCCUACCCUCUUGCAGAUGCCCACCUCACCAAGAAACUAUUGGACCUCGGUCAGCAGUCAUGUAACUACAAGCAGCUUCGAAAAGGAGCCAAUGAGGCCACCAAAACCCUCAACAGAGGCAUCUCUGAGUUCAUUGUGAUGGCUGCAGACGCCGAGCCCCUGGAGAUCAUCCUGCACCUCCCACUGCUGUGUGAGGACAAGAAUGUGCCCUACGUGUUUGUGCGCUCCAAGCAGGCCCUGGGGCGAGCCUGUGGGGUCUCCAGGCCUGUCAUCGCCUGUUCUGUCACCAUCAAAGAAGGCUCACAACUGAAGCAGCAGAUCCAAUCCAUCCAACAGUCCAUUGAAAGGCUCUUAGUCUAAACAGGUGGCCUCUGCCACACUCCCUGCUGCUAACUCCUACCCCAGGGGUUAUGUAUCGUUUGUCUGUUAGCAUAUAGUAUUUCCAGCUACCUUCUAUUGUUAUAAAAUAUUGUAGUGCUUAAUUUGGUUUUUGUAUUUUUGUAUUGUUUUUGUAUUGUUUUUGUCUUGUUUUUAGGUUGUCAUCUCCUCCCCAGCCUCUCCUGUAAUCUCCACUUCCACUCUCUCUCUGCCAUCUUUUCCUCCCUUUUGGAAAAUGCAUGCCCAGAACAGGUGGAAGCAGGGUGGUUGACACCAUUCAAAGGCAGGGAAGAGCCAAGGUAGAGAUUUGGCUCCAGCUUUCAGGUGCCAACUUCCUACUGUGCGGGGCAUGAUGGAAGUAAACACUGUCCACUUUGUAUCCCUUGUGCCCAGCAUACAGGAUUGUGUUUGAAUAAUCAAGGGGUUUCCUUUGCUCUCUAGGGCAUUAUGUAUCAUUUGGGGAGGAAGCAUGUAUUCUGUGAGGUUGUUGGGUGUAUGUCCCAAGAGUCAGUUUCUGAUGUACCCCUGCUGUUUGCUUUUGGUAAUAUAUUUCCCCCCAACUCCCACCUAUGCCUCUGAGGGUGGCAGGGCAGCAACAUACCAAAGAGAUAUGCUGCAAAAUUCCAGAGGCGCCUUGGUGAGUGAGACAUGGGACA